AUGGCUUUUGAUGGCAAUGAUCGUUUACCACGACCACCACAACUGAAUAUCGUCCUUCCAAAACUACAGGAUAUUGGGGAAGAAUUACAGGACUGGUCAAGUGAUGAGAUUCAGUCGCAACUGCCGACAAAUAUUCUGCUAAUAACAGCAAAUAAACAUGAGUUCAUCGCUUGUUAUAAAUAUAUGAGCCCUGUUAAACGAAGUUAUCUUAAAACUAUUGGAACGGUAUAUUUUGGUCAAUUUGGUGAACAAAAGAGAGUUGCAUUGAUAAAAUGUGCGCAGGGACCGACUAAUUCUGCGAUAACUGUGAAAAAUGCUGCUGACAUUUUAAAUCCACAAGUAGUCCUUUUUGUCGGAAUCUGUGCAUCCAUGAAGCCGAAGGCAAAACUUGGCGAUGUCCUGAUUUCCGCGAAAUUACAGACUUAUGAUGAUAAGAAAGUCAGGGCAGAUGGGAAAGUUGAGCAACGCGGCGUCAAACCAAAUGUGAGUCGAAAUAUGGCUAGUCUUAUUCUGAGUGCAGCUGAAGGUUGGCAAGCACCGUUAGAAGACUUGGAUAAUUUAGAAGUUGAAGUUCAUUGUGACGCUACGAUGUUAAGUGGCUCAGAGUUAGUUAACAAUCGUCAGAGACGAGACGAGUUAGGGGAAUGCUUCCGAGACGCACUUGGUCUUGAAAUGGAAGGUGCAGGUGGAUAGAAGCCUCCUACAUCGGUGAAGCAAAAGUUUUGUUAUCUGUGUAUUCUAUAUCUAUCAACCUUAUUUAAUAUGAAAUUUCUUGUGAUUUUAAAAUUGGCUGAACAGAAAAAUACUGACAUUUCUGAAUCAACCCAGAAUAUGAUAAACUCUGUUGCGUAUCUGCUAUACGGAAUAAGCCAGCAGGAUAGCUAUAAAAUGAACACAUCCUCACAUUGUAUAUACAGUAGUGGCUUCAUUUUGUGUUUCAAUUUUAGGUCUAUAUGCAGCGGCACAUGAUCUUGGCACAGAAUGGGCUGUUAUUAAAGCAGUGUCGGAUUUGGCUGACGGAAGUAAAGAAAUGACGAAUGAUUGGCAACGUUUUUCCAGUGUAAUGGCGGCAUCUGUUGUAUAUAAUAUGUUCAAAUACACUGCUGUGCUAAAGGACUGGCCUCAUUACAACAAACAUUGA